UUCUAACCUUAAAUGUUAACGUCAAAAAGAAUAAUAUAUUAUGCAGUUAAAUGUACGUGUAUAAAUUGUUGUAAAAUAAUAGUUAUUUAGUAUGGGAUAAAGUUUAAAAGUGUCGAGAAUCAUGCGGUGAGACUGUACAGAGUGUAUAAUGUUGUCUUAUCAGUUACAUCACGGUUUAGACAUGGCAAGAGCGGACCCUUUGGGCAAUCCGUCGUUAUUGGAGGCCGGAGAAAGACCUCUGGAGAGGCCUACUGCAGAACCAGGGGAUGUUAAGAAUGCUAUUGUAACGAGAGAAGGGCAAUAUCGUCUAAUGACUUUAAGCGAAUAUUCUAGACCGGGUAGGGUCACUUACCAAGCGCAGGGCCAGGCGCCACCGCAGGUAAAGGUCUCUUUGGUCAGUUUAGGUGAACAAGGAGAUAGAUUAUGUUUUAACCACGGAAGAGAAGUAUACGUAUAUGAAUAUAAAGGUAUACAUAAAGCUCCCGAUUUAAAUAGCCCUUUAAUGAAUAAUAAGGGAUCAAAUAGAAUUUAUCCUACAUGUCACGAUUUUAAUGGUUUAUCGAGCAAGGGAGAUAAUCUUACUGUAUUAGUAGGUUACAGCGAUGGCCAAAUUAAAUUGAUUGAUAUCGAUCCAACUAAAAAAGAGGAACAGACUAAAGGACUUAACCAAGAAAGACUAAUAGAUAAAACUAAAGUUACUUGUGUGAGGUGGGUUCCCGGAAGCAGGUCUUUAUUUCUUGCUGCUCAUGCUUCAGGUCAGAUGUACGUCUACAACGAAAGCCUCCCUUGCGGCACGACUGCGCCCCAUUUCCAGCCCUUCAAGGUCGGCGAAAACUUCACCGUCAGCACCAGCAAAACGAAAUCCACCCGCAACCCCCUGUUCAGGUGGUGCCUGGGCAACGGCGCGGCCAUCAACGACCUCGCCUUCAGCCCGAGCGGCACGCAGCUGGCCGUCGUGACGCAGGACGGCCUGUUGCGCGUCUUCCAGUACGACACCAUGGAGCUGUUGGGCGUGGCGCGUUCCUACUUCGGCGGCCUGUUGUGCGUGGCGUGGUCGGGAGACGGCAGACUCAUAGCGGUGGGCGGCGAGGACGAUCUGGUCACCGUGUACUCGAACGAGCAGAAGAGAGUGAUCGCGCGCGCGCAAGGACACCGGUCGUGGGUGGGGGCGGUCGCCUUCGAUUGGUACUUGGAGGGGGAGGCGUGUUACAGGAUAGGGUCGGUGGGGCACGAUACGCAGCUCUGUUUGUGGGAGUUGCCCGAGGAUAAUUUAGUGCCACCCAGACCACGCGUUAAGCGGAGAUCUGACCCCCUCCAGCUGGUGGGAACCCCCGCCUGCCCCCGUCUGGACGAGUGCCCCAUCCUGGAGCCCCUGAUCUGUAAGAAGAUCGCCCACGAGCGCCUUACCUGCCUCAUCUUCAGGCCGGAGUGCUUCAUCACCGCCUGUCAGGACGGCUACGUGUACACGUGGUCGCGACCUUCCUCUAGGACGCCCACAUAGCAAGAGGAGACCGACCAAACCGCCACCUAGCGCCGGUUUACUUUGAUAUGGUGAUUUUUCGUUACGUUCCUGAGCCCUGAUUCGAAACGUUGCAUAGUUCAGACUUGGGUAGGGUUUCCAUACAAGUUUUUUAUUACAGCGCUUGGCUUAAGUCAAUCUCCACCUUAACGAGAAAAUAUGUUGACAGUAACGACAGAUGUUGUCUGUCAUUUUAAUUGACAAGUACAGGGUGGGUCAAAUUGGACGCUUUUAAAAGGUCCGUUUGAUUAGUUCGAAAACAUAGCAAAAUAAGCGUUCGGCAUUUAACGUUUUAUUUAAAACUGGCUAGGUAUUUUUACACAAAUGAAAAAGGAAA